AAGAAAAUGGCAUAAUUUAAGGAGUCAAAUGAAUUCGGAGAUAAGGAAAAUUAAAAAAAACAAAAGUAGAGAUGGAACUGAUGAUAGACUGUGGAAAAAGGAAGAUUUUCUGGAGGAGUCUCAAUUACAAAGCAUAGAAAAACCAACAACAUCAAAUACUACAACUCAUCGUUCGAAAAAACUAAAAACCAAAGCCAAGGAGAAAACGGACGAGGAAGGUGAUGCAAUGCUAGAAAAGCCUAAAAACAUACUAAAUACACCAACUGACGAGCAUACCGUAUUUGGUGAAUAUGUUGCUAGUGAAUUACAGCAGCUGCGUUCUGAUGAACGAAAAAGAAGAUUAAAACGAAUAAUCCAGAAAGCUAUAGUUGCAAUGAGCGAGGAAGAUGAAGUGGAGUUUUCUUGAUCAAGAACACUUACACCUUUAAUGUCGCCUACUUAUUCACAUUCGAGUACAUACCCAUCAACUUCAAAUACGGUUGAAAGUUUUGAAGAGGCACCGAUAACAAAUACAACUACAAACCUUCCUCCAAUCACGCAGUUUUACGAAAAUUACUUACCUGGAGAUAAUCCGUUUUCAGCACAGUAAAUAUCGCUUCACAAACUUCAGGUAUAAUCCUUGAAAUGGUCGUGACUGGAAUCCGAAAAAGGUAUUGCAGGGAAUGAUAGCUAUCUCCUACAAUUAAAAAUGAUUUAAUUAGAAGUUGUUUUUGUUUGCUUUUUAAGUUAAAUACAUCCUAGAAAACAAA